AUGGCUUAUCCCAGUUAUUCUACCCCUCCCUCAACAAACCCCUUGCAUCAAGAGUUUUCUAUCCCAAGGGACGAUAUCGAUUAUGAUGUUACCGAAGUCCACCGUGAUAGGCAAUUAGAUCCGUUCGGCCGCAGCAUCAAGAUCUACAAGAUCACAGCCUACAGCAGCCUAACGAACGAGCACAUCGACAGGUUGAAGGCCGAUUCAGCUCGAUGGAAACCAGAGAAACGGAGAAAAGCAGUCCGCCCAUCACAGUCGCGUAGUCAUACUCACCGACCUAACCGUACUAGACAUACGGUCGCCGAUCCUGAGGAUAUGUAUGUUGGUGUUGAUGAAGCUCCCGACGAAAUAACACAUUCAUACGGUAGCUGGCCAGACGAAGACACCGACGCCUUUUAUUCAGAACCUUCAUCCUCUGCCGGGCAUGACUCGUCAAAUAACUGCUUUCUUUCAACGUCACAAUCUGGGAAAAAUCACGAAACUUACCGCGGGCACGAGGCUGAGGCCGAGAACGAAGCCGGCGAUAACUACCAAGUCUACCCAGAUGUCACCCCUGAUUAUGGCCAUGCCAACUCGACUCGACCUGUCGAUUCAACUCUGCACGGGUAUCAACAUAUCCACGGUAGCUCAGCUCCACCUAGCAACCCAAAUAUUCUUGGAUAUCCUUAUGGUUAUGCCAACUCGACUCAACCUGCCGAUCCAAAUACCCACAGGCAUCAAGAUUACUAUAGUAGCUCAGCUCCACCUACCAACCAAAAUAUCCCUGGAUAUCCCUAUGGCUAUGUCAACUCGACUCAAAUUACUGAUCCAAAUACCCACGAGUAUCAAUACCACUACGCCAACGCAAUUCAACCUACCAGUGCAAAUCCCUAAGCAUAUCAACCUAGCUAUUACCAAGCAGAAGAAAUUUCCACCGACCAAGUAUCUAAUGAUCUCCCUUCCAUCCAAGACGAAAACGC